CGCAGCAAUUGGUCCACAGGAGCUAUAAAUUGGUCUCCUCCAGAAACAGAUCAAAAUUUGUCUUCUGGGAGGGUGGCUGGAAACUGAAGAAGCCAUGGAGAGGAGCAGUGCUGCCUUUCCACCGACACCAGACCCCACGCACCACUUCCACGUAGCCCUGCUGGAUCAGAGACGGAGGCUGCGUGGCCAAAUUGCUCACCUUCACAAGGCAGCUCGGAAACUCAACAAGCUCCGCAAGAGGUCCCUGAUUGCCAAUGUCAGCGGGAGCACCCUGACCGCUGCCGGAGCAGUCACAGCCAUCCUGGGGCUGUCCCUGAGCCCGGCGACACUGGGAGCAUCUCUGCUGGCAUCGGCUGUGGGUCUGGGCCUGGCCACGGCAGGGGGGGCCGUCAGCAUCACUUCUGACCUUUCCUCAGUGCUCUGCAAUUCCCGGGAGGUGAGGAAGGUGCAGGAAAUUGCAAUGACUUGUCGGAAACAGAUGAGGGAAAUACUCGGCUGCUUGGAGUUUCUUCGCCGGGGGCAGGGCCCGGGCGACCCUACACUGCGCCAGUCAGAGAAGAGGGCAUCCAUCUCGCUCUACAACUCCGUCUGCUUCAUGGUCUUCUGCGGCUCCCAGAGCUUCCUCGUGCCCGAAUACACAAAGGAGGUCACUAAAGUAAGCCAGGCUGUGCUGAAGGCCAAAAUCCAGAAGCUGGCUGACAACCUGGAGACCUGCACCAGGGCAAUGGAUGAAGUUUGUGAUCUUCUUGAGUCCAGAACAGAGCUUUCCCCAUGUACGAGGAGACUCAGCUUGGAUGCUAAAACCACUGCCGAGAUCCUGAGACCGUCCAGCUGAAACAGCGUUCGGCCCAUAUUAAAACUGGGUUUGGAGACAUUACAUUAUUAACUGUGACCAUUAGCACUGCUACCUGUUGUUUUACAGUUCAUGGUGCUGAUGCUGUGAGGCAGACAUUCUGCAGACCCCUUUUCCCCAGCCAUCUUCACUGCUCUGCUUCCUCAAGGCAGCAAAAAUAAGUAGGUCAGGAGGCAGAUGAAAUACCUGAUGCUGACUGAACCUGGUUUGUAAACAACUUACGAAUCUGUGUGUGGUACAAGGGCUGGAGUACCCUAAAAAAGCCAGCAGCUGCCAAUUUCCAGUAGAGUACAAUCCCAUUACCAAGGUA